UAAAACAUCAACAGAACAUACACGCCUUAUGUUAUGGCACUCCUCAGCACAAACAAAAUUUCUUUUCUUUGUUUUGUUUCUGCAACUGCAACAUCAUCAACAUGGCCACCAAGUUCACGCUCACACCAGAUAACUCGUGCUUCUUCUUUCCUCACACUCACAGAACACACUCACACAAACACACCCCUUUUAUCAAAACUUCGUCUCAACGCUUUCGCUUCCACCUUUCACCUUCAAACCUCACCCUCAGGCUCAGAAUAGUAUCUAGCACUCAACGAAAUGUCAAAGAAACCCAGAAGGCCAACGCCAAGGGCAAGGUUCUCACUGACCUUGGAAUCGACGAAGUGGGGCAGAAGCAAGAGAACUUGUGGUCACCUUGGAAGAAUCUUCCAUUAAGAUACAAGCUCAUCGGAACCACUUCCCUUGCCUUCGUUAUCUGUAACAUGGACAAGGUGAACUUGAGUAUUGCCAUAAUUCCAAUGUCACAUCAAUUUGGGUGGAACUCUUCAACGGCAGGAUUGGUUCAGUCCUCAUUUUUCUGGGGUUAUGCAUUGAGUCAAUUGCCUGGUGGUUGGCUAGCCAAGACAUUUGGUGGCAGAAAAGUUCUUGAGUUUGGAGUAUUGAUAUGGUCAUUGGCUACAGCUCUUGUUCCUUUUCUUGCUGGAUAUAUGCCUAGCUUACUAUUGUCAAGGAUUUUGGUUGGGAUAGGUGAAGGGGUUUCACCAUCUGCUGCUACUGAUCUCAUUGCCAGGUCAAUACCGUUGGAAGAGCGCUCGCGGGCAGUAGCAUUUGUGUUUGGUGGCUUGAGUGUUGGAAGUGUUAUGGGGCUUCUUUUGGCUCCUCCCCUUAUCCAAAAUCUUGGCUGGGAAUCAGUGUUUUAUAUAUUUGGCCUUUUCGGGAUUGCUUGGUUUUUGGGGUUUCAAGUUGUUGAAGGAGAUGAAACACAGUUAACUGCUGAAUCUCUCUCACCAGUCCAAGGUACCGUGACACAAUCCUGGAAUACUUCUUUAAAAGAAUUGAAUGGCUCUUUGAAGGAUGUACCAUGGAAGGCCUUUUUCGAAAGUCGUGCUGUAUGGGCAAUGAUAUAUGCUCACUUCUGUGGCAGCUGGGGUCACUACACCUGCCUAGCAUGGCUUCCCACAUUUUUUAGUGAGGAGCUGAACCUAAAUCUUAGAGAAGCUGCAUGGGUGUCUAUUCUUCCACCAUUGGCUUCAAUAUUUGUGACAAGUAUUGCAGCACAGUUAGCCGACAACUUGAUUUCAAGAGGAGUUGAAACCACUACGGUUCGAAAGAUCUGCCAAUCAAUUGCAUUUUUGUCCCCUGCAAUCUGCAUGACUCUUUCCUCGCUGGAUCUAGGGUUACCGCCUGGGGAGAUUGUGGGACUUCUCACAGGUGGUUUAGCCCUCUCAAGCUUUGCCUUGUCAGGACUUUAUUGUACCCAUCAAGACAUGUCUCCGGAAUAUGCAAGUAUACUUCUGGGUAUAACUAAUACUGUUGGGGCAAUACCUGGAAUUGUAGGUGUAGCCCUCACUGGUUAUCUUCUUGAUUCAACUCAUUCAUGGAGUAUAUCACUAUUUGCACCAUCAAUCUUCUUCUAUUUGACUGGUACCGUGGUAUGGUUGGUGUUCGCCAGCAGUAAGCCUCAAAAAUUUUGAGCCAAACUGAUUCAUGUUUCAAUCAUUCAUUACUCUGAAGUCUGAACACAGCCAAGAAAACCUUCAAUACUAAACUGACUUUUGACAGAGGGGGUGUAUAUAUUCGCUCGAUAUACAAAUCGGAUCAUGUGAGUUAAGUACAAAGAAAUGAUAGCGUAGGUAUAUUAUAUGAGUGUCUGUAAUUUUUUUUUACUGUAGCUCAUUAUAUCAGUUGUAUAUUUUUAAUAGAUGAUGCUGGCUGGUCACCAAAAAAAUGUAUUGACGUGUUGAAAAGCAUGGAAGGUCAAGAAUCUGUUGUAUUUUCCUACCAACUUUUGAUGCUCUGAUCGUUCGGUUUCAAGUUUCAACCAUGAAAUGGCCAUAUUUGUAACCAUUUGAAUAAUCUUUUUAAGUUAUUAACAUCUCAGCAAUCAAGCAUUAAAUGUGCAGGAGAAAAUGACUCAUCUACCUAUG